AUGCUAACCUGCUCAUUUUACCCUAUUUGCCCCCCCCUGCCCCCUGUGGUCCCACCCCCCUCCUCUGUCCCCCUGUGGUCCCACCCCCCUCCUCUGUCCCCCUGUGGUCCCACCCCCCUCACUGUCCCCCUGUGGUCCCACCCCCCUCACUGUCCCCCUGUGGUCCCCCCCCCUCCUCUGUCCCCCUGUGGUCCCACCCCCCUCACUGUCCCCCUGUGGUCCCACCCCCUCCUCUGUCCCCUGGGUCCCACCCCCUCCUCAGUCCCCCUGUCCCCACCCCCUGUCCCCCUGUGGUCCCACCCCCCCCUCCCCUGUCCCCCCCCUGUCCCCGGUCCCACCCCCCCCUCAGUCCCCCUGUGGUCCCACCCCCCUCCUCUGUCCCCCUGUGGUCCCACCCCCCUCCUCAGUCCCCCUGUGGUCCCACCCCCCCCCCCCCUCAGUCCCCCUGUGGUCCCACCCCCCUCCUCUGUCCCCCUGUGGUCCCACCCCCCUCCUCAGUCCCCCUGUGGUCCCACCCCCCCCCCCCCCCUCAGUCCCCCUGUGGUCCCACCCCCCUCCUCUGUCCCCCUGUGGUCCCACCCCCCUCCUCAGUCCCCCUGUGGUCCCACCCCCCUCCUCUGUCCCCCUGUGGUCCCACCCCCCUCCUCAGUCCCCCUGUGGUCCCACCCCCCUCCUCAGUCCCCCUGUGGUCCCACCCCCCUCACUGUCCCCCUGUGGUCCCACCCCCCUCCUCAGUCCCCCUGUGGUCCCACCCCCCUCACUGUCCCCCUGUGGUCCCACCCCCCUCACUGUCCCCCUGUGGUCCCCCUGUGGUCCCCCUCGGUCUCGGCCCCGCGCCCGGGUCAUGGGCCUUGGUGUUGGAGCAGCUCUAUCAGUGAUUCGCAGCAUCACGACGACGAGAAGCGAGCGCUGAGCCGAGAGAUCAUCGUCCUCAACAACCGCCUGGUGGAAGCUAAACUUAGCAUCGACAAGCUACAAGACGACAAUGAAAUGUACCGUAAGGACUGCUCUCUGGCGACGCAGCUGCUGCAGUGUCGAGCGCAGAUGGACGAGCUGCCGGCAGACUUCCAGGAGCACAUGACUCUUCACCUGGAGGAGGAGGAGGAGGAGGAGCCCCCCUUGUAUGCGGAGCCGGGGGCCCCCCUGUAUGCAGAGCCGGGGCCCCCCCUGUACGCAGAGCCGGGGCCCCCCUCUCACCUGGAGAAGCCUGAGCGCUGCAGCAGCCACGGCUCCCGCUCGCCCAGUCCCAGCCCCCCCACAGAGCACACCUUCAUCCUGCAGAGCCUGGGGGGGCCGGGGGGCCGGCUGGGGCUGCGUGCCGCCUACAAGUCCGACCUUUACAGCAGCGAUACGGCCCUGUACUGUCCCGACGACAGGCAGCGAGAGAGACGCCCCAGCAUGGACCUGAGGACCCCAGUGUACGGGCCCCAGAACUCCACGGACAGCCAGAGUAACCCUGAGGACAGCUCCGUGGGCCUGGCGCAGACCUUCUCUCAGGACCCCUUCUCUAAAUUCCCUCCUCUGGGAACCGGCUCCAGCUCCUACUCCAGCUUCAGUGUCUCCGAGGACAAGCCCCAGGGCGGGGCCAGCUCCACAGGCUCCUCCCCCCAGCGCCCCCCCCACACCCUCUACAUGGAAUGGCGGGACGCGGCGCACUACGACGAGGAGCGCAAGAGCGAGUCGUCGUGGGAUGGAGGCGACCCCGACAGCCUGUUCUGCGACGCCACCUCCUUCCAGCAGGGGGAGACGCACUCCCCCGUCUACAGCCGCACCAUGUCGUCUUGCUUCAGCGAGCCGUACGAGCCGCUGCCGCCCUCCUCCUCCCCGAGCGUGGCGUACGGCGAGGACAGCCGGCGCGGCAGCACGUUGGCGCCCGAGGAGGAGGAGCUGAUCUGCCGCUGGAGGCAGCUGAGCGCAGAGGACCUGCACCGCAGCCCGGGCCGCGCCUCGCCCUACAGCUUCUCCGAGCAGCACUUCUGCGUGCGGCCCGCCAAGAUCCGCCUCGGCCCCGUCUACAGCAGCUUCCAGGACGGCGCCGACUACUACCACCUCCAGCAGCAGGCGGCGGAGCGCUGGGCGGGCGCGGCGGCCAGCCAGGACGGCGAGCACAGCGAGCACAUGUACCGGGCUGAGGAGGGCGGCCGCGGCUCCCAGCAAAGCCUGUACCACUCCCCGAAGGACAGGGAGGGGGCGGGGCCAGGGGCGGGGCCAGAGGAGGAGCAGGAGUACCAGGAGGAGCCCAGUCCCUGCAGCUCCACAGAGUCUCUGUGUCGGUCUCGGUCCGUGGAGAUGGCGGGAGAGCUGCAGCAUUACCAGGCGGAGAUGCACAGUGCGCAGGCGAGCCCCGGGGGGUCCCCCACCGCCGCGGCGUACGCGCCCCUCAUGUUUGGGACGCUGGGGCUGACGCGGAAGGACAGUCUGACCAAGGCACAGCUCUACGGGACUCUGCUCAACUAG